GCCGCUGAUACUGGUAACAGGGUAUAUGAGAAAUUUACCCGCAUAUAUUGCGGGAUCAUUGUCUUCAAGUCAUAAAAUUAUGCUCAUUUAUUCAACUGUUGUGCUUAAGUAAUAUGAGUAAAGAGUCACAGAUGAGGGCUGCAAUUAACCAGAAACUAAUUGAGAUGGGGGAGAGAGAGCGGCUGAAGGAGUUGCUUCGGGCUAAACUAAUUGAGUGUGGUUGGCGGGAUCAGCUGAAAGCGCACUGUAAAGAUGUCAUUCGUGAGAAGGGUAUUGAGAAUGUUACAGUGGAGGACCUGGUUGCAGGAAUCACACCGAAAGGAAGAGCUCUUGUACCAGACAGUGUGAAAAAGGAACUCCUGCAAAGAAUAAGGGCUUUCUUGGCCCAACAUGCCACUUGAUGCUGGAUGCAGUCCAUUAUGUUUUUAGUCACUUGAAGACAAUUACUCUUUUUCCUUUGCAACAUUGCCAGCUAUACAUGAUAUAACAUUCUGAUACAAUGAGAUUUUUGUAAUUUUUGAUUGUGUACCAUUAUGCAUAAGUGAGACAGUUGGAUCUUUUGAUAUAUUAAAAGGUAUGGUUUUUGUUGCUGUUUUUUGUCAGUGAAAG